AUGGACUACAUUAAAAAGCAGAUAUGGGGGCCCGAUCCUAAAGAACAGAUGAGAAAGAUUAACCAGCUUCUUCGAAAGAAUAAGCGCGAGUUGGACAGGUCAAUUAAUCAACUCCAACCAUUGAAAAAGAAAACUGAAGGGUUAAUCAGAAAGUCCGCCAAGGAGAAGGACUACAAAACUGCCAGACUAUAUGCCAAAGAGUUAAUAAAUAUCAAUAGACAGUACAAUAAAUUAUACACCUCCAGAACUAGAGUCGAAUCGAUAACAAUGUCCAUCAAUGAGCAAUAUCUGAUGAACAAAUUAACUAAAUCUAUACAUUCAUCCACUUCAAUCAUGAAGGAUGUUAAUUCGUUGAUUCACAUUGGCGCUGUUUCCCAAACAAUGCAAGAAUUGUCAAAAGAAUUGACUAAAGCUGGCAUAAUCAAUGAAAUGAUGGACGACAUGGUGGAUUUGGACUACGAGGAAGAUGAAGAAUUGGAAAGCGAAUCACAAGAAGAAGUCAACAAGAUUAUUGCUAGCUUGACCGAAGAGAAGACCAGCAAAGUGUCAGAAGUGCCAACUACCCAAUUCGAGGCACCACAAAUCGAGGAAGAGGCAUCAGUCGCCGAAGCAGAGGACGAAGAGGAUGCUAUUGCAAUUGAUGAGAUAAAACAGAGGCUUAAAGCAUUACAAUCAUAG